AUGAUCUACCAUCGGCAUCUGGCUGCAUGUCUCCUGCUCGGCCUUGCAGCGGCUUCCCUGCACCCGGACAUCCGCGCAGACACCAACCGCGAUGGCCUCGUUGAUAUUGACGGCGACUCGGACGUGGACGCCAAAGCAAUAUGGACCGACACCAGAGGGGCCAUCUUCCUCCCCAAUGUAGGCGACAAGUACCGACGCUGUCCACGCGAGGACCUGGCCGGCAUUCCGCUCAGCGACUCGGAGCUGGCCGCCUGCAACGACGCCUCGGGGGAUUAUCUCCUGGCCCCUGAAUACGUUGCACCCCUGAGAACGGUGCCGAUGGUCAACAUCUCAGACAGUAUGUUUGCCCACAUCUACGCCACUCCGCGCGCUGCCUCUGAGCGAGUCCGCAUCUUUGUCCUGGAGGAUGAGGCAGACCCCGAGGCCCCAGCGUCCUGGGCCUUCGUGGACCCCCAGCUCAACUUCAAUGCCUCGCAACUCCGGGCUGGCCUGAUCCUGGGCAUCGACGGCCGCGAGUUUGUGACCGACAGUCAGAUCUGGGACGGCACAGUCACAAUAAACUUCAACGUCCACGACCUCCUCGAUCCAGCUACCAACGCCAGCGACGCUGUCGCCCUCAAGGUUGCCCCCAUCCUGACACACCACCCCCUGCAACCCAUGCAGCAACUCAUCACAGCGGCCGCAACAAAGUCCGUGCCCGCCCAGCCCUACUUCAUCGAACAGCUCGACGCCGCCCGCGAGAGCGCCGGCAUCGAAGCGCCCCUCCUCCUCCUCAAGACCGCCGGCGACAUCUGGGCCCAGGACAUCCUCGAGCCCGCGUACGCAAGCAUGCCCGGCCCCAACGGCGCAAUCUCGCUGCGCAUCAUGCUCCGCUCAGCGCAGGGCAACCGGGACAGCGCACGCCAGCUCUUCGAGCAACUCCGUGGCCCGGGCGUCGGGGUCUGGCAGCCCAGCCCGCAGCCUGGGAAUCCAAACGCAUCAGACGCCUCCUUUGCGGCCUCAGGACAGGGCUCCCACCCCGUCAACGCCCUCGGAAACCUCGAGACUACCCCCCCUUACACUUCUACCUCCGGCGUGACAUACAAAGCCGGCCGCAUCAUCCAGGGAACGCACUUCGACCAGCUGCCCGCACAAUCCGUGCGCAGUCUGAUCGCCGGCCAGGGCGUGCAGAACACACUGUACCUCGAAGCAGGCUGGCUGAAGGUCGGACACGUCGACGAGUUUGUGCAGUUCGUCCCGUACGACAAUAGCCUAGGCUUCACGAUCGCCAUCGCCAGCCCAGACGCCGCCCUGCGCAUCCUCCGCGAGACACAGACCCAAGGCCACGGACACACAAACGCCCUCAGCUACGAUCCCAACACGCAAACCCAGCGCCCUUUCUUCCAGGCGCACAUCCCCAGCACACCCAUCCCCGUGAACCUAACCGUCGACGCCCUCCUCGCGGAUCCAGCCUUCCUCGACGCAAACACCUACGCCCAGACCCACCUCGCCGCCAACCUAGCCAUCCUCCUCGCCGAGAUCCCCCUCGCCGUAGAGGACAUCAUCCACGUCCCGGUCCUAUACCACGACCCUGCCUCUGCCUCGCACGAUUCAAAUUCCACGCCCGAAUUCAACGAGUCCACCCAGGUCCCACCGUACUCCCCCGCCCCGCCCGUCCCCCCAGGCGAGCACGAGCUCCUCACCUUCUACCCCAGCGCUGUUAACGGCAUUGUACUGGGGUCUCAGUCGGGCUACAUCGCGCCGAACCCGUUCGGGCCGGUGGUCGACGGCGUCGAUGUUAUAAGGCGUGGGGUGGAAGCGGCGUAUGCGCGUGCUGGGAUGGGGGUUAUUUUCAUUGAUGACUUUUAUUCGCAUCAUCUUGGGGCGGGGGAUGUGCAUUGUGGGAGUAAUGCGCUUAGGGCCGUGGAGGGGGAGUGGUGGGUGUGA